AUGACCAUCUAUGUCACCAGACUGCCCAACAUAACGACUACUUACACAAUCAACAAUACGUACACAGUAAACGCAACUCAAACCUUCAGUAGAGAUAUCGGCUAUAACCCAUUGCGCUUGCGUCACAACGCGCUUCCGGGCCCGACUGAAACUGAGCACAGGAAUGAGGGCACCGGUCCCAUCAUCACAGCUGGAGUCACCGUGCCCUACAAGCAAGCAUUUUAUGUUUACCCAACGGUCAAGGCCAUAAUUGUCAAUGCAGAGCGGGAUAACGACACAGCUGGAUCUUUCACUUGCGGUAAAUAUAAUGCUAAUGCGCAAGGUUAUUUUGGCGGUGUUGGCAUAUCAGACGUGGCUGGGGAAACCAUAACCGUCGAUGUGUUUACCACGAUCACAAGCACCAUCACGAGACGCAGGUCUACUAUAACCAGUACAUAUGGUACUAAAUCCGUCUCCACAAGCUACUCAAGAUACUACGUCAACUCAGAUGGAAGCUCAGUAUCAACGCCGUAUAUACCAGCCAGCACUGUCAUUACAUUGCCGACACCAUUUAUACACACGCCCGUAACUGGUAUAGAGGACGAAAAGACAGAGACGCAAUGGGACACCGAAGCGUUCGGCUGGGUUCCUCAGAGUUUGAUGGUGUAUUUGAAUGCUCAAAGUGUGUUACCAGAAAUCUCGGGAGUGACCACCUACCAAGCUGGCGGACCAUCGAUUUCCCCGGCACCAGUGCCAGUCUCUUCAUUCUCAUAUCUUGAAAAUCAGGGGACUGACUUGACAUCUGCCACCAUAAUAUACGCAACACAGAACGAUAUUUCAGUUGCCACGCCGGCCCCAAAUCCAGUCACAAACCCGCAACCUAAGCCUGAGCCCCAACCAGUUGUGAAUCCGGAACCUCAGCCAAACCCUCAGCCUACACUACUUCCACAACCAAAUCCAGAUCCUCAAUCAAACCCAGACCCGCCGAGUCCAAAUCCUGUGCCAGUUCCACAACCAGUGCCUACCCCUGAAUCAGGAGGUGGGCUUUCGGGAAUUGGAAAUGUUAUAAACUCUAUCAUCGGGGGUUCUCCAGCUGCUACGUCCGGCGUAACUCCAGGCUCAAAUCCGGCAACCAAUCCUGCGCCAGGUACUGGAACGAAUCCAGGGACAAAUCCAGGUACAGGUACUGGAACGAAUCCAGGGAUGAAUCCAGGUAGUAACCCGGGGAACGACCCGGGAACGAACCCAGAAGCAAAUCCGGGCAAUCCAGCGAACAACCCAAGUAACAACCCAAUUUCAAACCCGUCACAACAACCACCCCCUCGGCCUGUACCCAUAGUUGUAAUACCAGCACCGACAACAAUAGCAGCAGAACUUGCCCCACCUGGGCUCGCUGGAGUAAGAACCAUGAUUGGCGGCGCUCCUUUCGUAGUUGUCCCGGCACCUACAACUUUCGCUGCACUUGGCCCAGUGCCGUCGCCUAUUCCAGUGAUUCCAGGAGCUAGUGCAACGUUUAUAAACUGUGCGCCAUUUAUAGCUAUACCAGGAGCCACAAACAUACCAGUGGCUAAUGCACCUGCUGGUUUGGUUGGGCCCACUACAGUCAUCAACAACACGCCUUUCAUCGUGGUCCCCGGCCCUACGAAUAUUCCAGUACCAGGCCAGGCCCCGAAAGCUGGAGCUGGAUCCACCGUGCUCAUUGGAGGCGUACCAUUUGUCGCCAUUCCAGGAGCGACUGAUAUUCCUCUAGCUAACGCUCCUCCUGGGUUAAUUGGAACCUUGACUAUCAUUAAUAACACCCCAUUUCUUGCCGUUCCUGGCCCAACGAAUAUUCCUAUUCCAGCAGCGGGAAGUGGUGAAUUCAAUACAGUGACCAUCAAUGGAACACCUUUGUUGACCAUACCUGGACCGACAAAUAUCCCAGUAGCAAAUGCGCCUCCAGGUUUGCAAGGCGUGACAACAACGAUCAAUGGUGUACCUUACAUAGUUGUUCCUGGACCUACGAGUCUUCCACUUGCUAACACACCAUCAAAUGUCGCUGGUGUUGCGACGACGGUGAUCAAUGGAACUCCUUUUCUGGUCUUCCCAUCAGCAACAAGCAUUCCACUUUCUCUUGCACCAACAGGACUUGCUGGUGCAACAACAACGACGAUCAACGGAACACCCUACCUUGUUAUUCCAAAUCCAACCAUAGUGCCUCAACCGGCCGCAAACAGCAACAUACCUGGCGUUAUCACCACCACCAUAAAUGGUACCCCAAUGCUCGUCGUCCCCUCCGCAACAACCAUACCCCUAUCCCUCGCUCCAACCGCUAUCACCGGCGCAAUAACCACUACCAUUAAUGAUACACCAUAUCUCAUCAUUCCGGGCCCGACUACUGUCCCCAUAACAGGUUCACAGCCGACAAAUCUCCCCGGAUCAUUGACCGUCAUUGAUGGAACAACACGAUUAGUCUUGACCGGACCAACUACGAUCCCCGUGAACCCGAAUUUCUCGGUCUCAGGCAGAACUACAGUAAUCGGUGGUACCACUAUGGUUGUACUGGAUGGAGCUACUACUGUUCCUGUCAGCAAUACUGCUAGUGUAACGGGGACGAGUGGCUCAGCGACUAGUACGACAUCCGGUUCGGGCACUUCUGCAUCCCGUACUAGCAUCGCGACUCUAGCCCCAAUUCCACCUGCUCCACCGGCUGAGGCGUCUAGUAAAAGUGAUGCAGUCAGAGAAAAAUAUCUCAGUCUCCUGUCCAUCGGACUUGGCAGUAUACUAACAUCUCUCUUAUUAAUAAAAUGA